GAAGGCAGGGCAGCAGAGGGCAGUGGAGGGAGGCUGGUUUUGGCUGGCUGGCUGGCUGGCGAAGUAGCGAGGGUGCCGCGCAGCCACACCGGCCACUGCAACGGCCGCGGCGGAACGAGCGCCGUUUCUUCCUCCGUUUCUUCCGCAUACUCAUUCGUUCGUUCUUGCGCGCACGACACACGACGGCAUCGCGAUGUGAGGACGCGCGAGAACGCGACGAUCUCUGUCGACGAUCAUACGCACGCAUACCGCGAGAUCUGACUCUACGAGCUGCGAUUAAUUGUCAGCGGGGUUGAGUCGAUAGCUCGCGCCCGAAAGAGAGGGAUAGUAGGGCGGAAGCAGAGGAGAGAAAGAGAGAGAGAGAGUGAGAAAGGGCGAGAAAAAGAGAGCGGUACCAGAGAGAGCUCACGUGACAGUCGCAGGGGGUGCAAACUGUCUGACAGUAGUACGCCGAGCGUCUGCUACUACUGCCGUAGUUGCUUGUUGUGACUGUGGCAGCGACGACGACGACGGCGGCAGCGGCGGCGGCGACGACGGCGACGGCGGCGGCGGCGGUGGUUGACGGUGGAAGUGAUUGUGGUGAUAGCGACGGCGGCGACGAAGGCAGCGGCGACGACGACGACGACGACGGCGGGUAGCGGCGGUGCUGCUGUCCGGAAUAGCGCUGCGCCCCUGCGAUCGGCGGCGAGAGGGAAGGAAAGUGGCCCUCGAGGUUACGAGGCCAGGGGAGAAAGUGGGUGUUGCCGGCGCGGCGACGGCGACGGGAGGAGGAUCGCCCGGGUUUCGCGGAACGUUGCCGGAAGUCCCGAGUGCUAAAGGGGACGGAAAAGAGCGGGAGGGAAGGAAGGCCAGAACAUCCGGAGGGAUGUUCGUCAGCCGUCAAUCCUGGAAUCAGCUCGUCGCUCAUCCCCUCGUCGAUGACCUCGUGCCUGAGGACCUUCGGCGCUGAGACUUUGGCUCCUGUUCGACCUUUAGCUGCUCAGGAUGGGAGGAGCGAGCCGAGAAGUCCGGCAAAGCCCAGAAGCGUUCGUGCUCGCAAGUCAUCGUGUUGGGCGAAGCUGUUCUUCGUGCGAUUAGUGGCUGUGCCGGGAUAGCGCGGGACGGGGGUGGUUCCUUCCAUCGUGUGAAUCGAGAUGACCGAUCUACAGGCCACCCUCGAGUUCUCCCUCGAGCUCUGCAAGUUCUACAAUGUUGAUCUCUUCCAGCGCGGGUACUAUCAGAUCCGGACUGCUCUCAGAGUAUCACCGAAAAUACCAGUCAAGGUGGAGGUUAAUCAACCGCGAAACCAUUCGCUGGAAAGACCGGGCACGAGUAAGCGCUUUCAGAUUCUCUAUAAAAACGAAGAGGUGACACUCGGCACCUCCGUGCUGUUCCGAGCGCACGUGCUCGUGCACAGUCACAAGAUUGAGGAGGCCCUGUCGCGCACCCACUUCAAUCUAGGCGUCGAGCUAUGGUUCAGCGAGCCGACGCAGCCGGGCAACAUGGCUUGCGUGUCCUCGAGGGCACUGCAGCUGAACUUUACACCUACGAAGGGCCUUCACUACCAUCUGCCAGUGCUUUUCGAUUACUUUCACCUCGCCGCGGUGUCCAUCACGAUCCACGCCUGUCUUGUAGCGCUUCAUCAACCCUACAUCAAGAAGAGCAUACUGCACGUAGUGCAAAGCUGUGCACCACGAGGUGGGAAACCCUGGUUACAGUUUAAGCAACCGGCGGCGAAUGGCGAUAACAGUACGACGACCUUCGGAAACAUUGAGACCACGACGAGAUGCGUCGGAUCGGCGACGAGGAUACAAAACGCGCGACUCGUCCAGCAAGAGGUCACAAGAUUGCUCUUGGCCGUGAGAGAAUCUUUGCUCAACGAUCUGUCUGAUCUGGCGCGGCUUCUCCCUUCCUGGCAACAAAGGGCGCUCGAGCUCACACAGAAAACGCACAAAAGAUCACAAAGGUUGAUAGACACCGAAGAGGCUGACAUAGCCCAACUUUGCGCACAAAAUAUCGUUCUCUGGGAGUUAUUUCUGGAAGCGUUCUCCGGCCGAGAAGAGGUUCACGAGCAUUUAGCACGAAUUCAUCAUCAACUGAGAGUAAAACGGUUUGCGGAAGGUUUCUUCGUAUUAGAAAAUCCAAGAACAUCGGCAGCGGGCUGCUACGACGCGAAUUAUCAAUCUUAUCAAGCGGUGAGCGAGGCUGCCCGAAGAUCGCGUUAUCUCGCGUCAUUGCCGCCGUUACCUGUCCAUUGUCCGGAGCUGGACGGCGAUCUUCACUCGUUGCCUUUGAUUUUUGAGGAUCAAUACGCUGACAUGCAGCAGAGGCACAGAAACAGCGUUCCCAGUAUGGACGACUGCAGCUGUGGGAUAGCGGCGAUACUGGAAUCGCGCUCGGUGGGCAUCUGGUCGCCGAGGAGCGAGGGCGCGGCGCAGGACAUCGGCUCGAUCCAAGCCCGCCUCAUGCUGAUGCCCUCGACGCUUCCGGCGAGGCACAGCAAGUCCCUCGAUCAGCUCGGUCCCGAUCUCGUGGCGCCUCUGCAGCCGAGAACGUCGCCGAAGACCCUGCCUAGAUCCGUGUCGACCCAGCUGUUCCCGCGUGGGCAGCGCGGCGGCGGUCGCAACGUCACGCCGCCCGCGACGGUGCCUUCGAGGGGGAGGCCGCGGUCGACAGUGCCGUCCAGUAGCACCCUCUUCCCGCCCUCGGGCCAGCAGGCCUGCUCCGCGCCGAAUCCAUCCCUCGGCUCCACGCCGGUGAUCACUCUGCCUCGAGCCAAGUCCACGCAGAUGCUGGUUCCGAAUCGGCAGCAGCAGCAUCAGCAGCAGUCGGAUUAUCAGUCCACAUCCAUCACCUCGCUGCUGGCGGCGAUGUUCCCCGAGUUACCGCCCGGCGGACAUCUGCCCGGUUACCGACCGUCGUCCAAGUCCUGCGAUCAAAAUCUCACCGUGCCGACCUGCAUGGGCGCUCUGGACCUCAGUCAGCUGCCCGAUUGCUUGCCGGAGAGCAAGUCGGGAAACAUGCUGGAAGACUAUCACUCCCUCGAUACGAGGAGAAUACGACUGGAGCCGCGAAGUCAUCAUCUGGGAACACGCCAACCGCUGCCAACGACCACAAACGACCAAAGUAGCUUUCUACCCGCCAAGGCGAACAUAAACGGCGACAGUUUUCUGUACGACGGUCAGCCGCUGCACACGGCGACGCUGGACAGAAUCACCUACAAAGGGAACUCCGGAAAGUCGAGAAAGUCCGGACAUCAGACGGGUGGCAAGUACAGUCAGACGAACGGCGUCGAGAGCCGCAGAUAUCACACUCUCGGUAAGACAUCGAUGACGCACAGAAGUCGCCCGGAGAUACCAGAAUCCAUGAACGGCAGCAGUCAUCUGCUGCUGGCCGAUUUUCUCAACAAAAAAUCGUCAUCCAACUACUACGCGAGCACCACGGACUCGUUCUUUUAUCGCACAAACGGCAGCACCAGCGCGAGAACCCGCGACGAGAUGGACAAGCCGAAGAGACCGAAGAGCACGGAGCGACUGCUCGACGCGGUGGAGCGCAACGAGUGCUGCGACUUCCGACGAGACCGGCCGUCGGCUCGGAGGAGAACAGAACGAUCGACCAAGUCUCGCAGCAGCGCGGCGCAAAACUACGAAGAGAAGCAGCGACGCGAGAAGAAGACCGCGGAGACGCCUCAGGAGCCGAUUUACGAGGUGAUAGCUCCGAAGCCGGAGCCGAAGAGGGAGUCCCGCGUCGAGAGAAGAAGGGACAAGCACAACAGGAGGCCGCACUCCGCGCCCGUUCUCGACACGGAUCACCCGGCGGAGGAGAGCAAGAAAUGCAGUCACAGGAACCGGAAGCCGGCGCCGCCACCGCUGGCGUAUCAGGAUCCCGCUGUCGCUCCCUUGCCCAAAUAUCGACACCUCCCUCCGGCGCCCGCGACGAGCGUUCUCGAGGUGGAGAACAACAACAAAAUUAUCUUGAAGAUGGAACCUGUAAAGUCGCCCAUGGAGGCGCCGACGACCAACGGCACGACGCCGUCGGACGCGUCGAGCGCGGCGGUGCCGCCGCCGGGCGUGAAGAGGCUGCGAUGCGCCAGCGUGCCGGUCGCCCAGAACAAGGUCGUGGUGCCGCGCAGCGCGGUCUCGCUGCCCUGCAUGCCGAUACGCGACAGCAAGGACAGUCUGAGCAACAACUUGCCGGCGAUACCGAAUCUCCUCAGUCCGCCGUCCACCCGGCCGAGCAGCCCCACGCCGAGCUCGAGCUCGAGCAAUCUCACGUCCGAGUGUUCCGGCUGGGUGAGCAGCGGCGACACCUCCAGCUCGGAGCAGCGCCGCAACCAGGCGAAGCUGUCCAGCGAGCAGCUGCGGCAGAAGCUGUCGAAGAUCGUGCCGCGCAAGGACCGCUCCGCCGUCGCCAAGGAGAGCGUGGACGAGCACUCGUACGAGGAGGUGCGGCUGCCGCCGCCCAAGAUGUUCCAGGACGAGCCGCCGCCGCCCGAGGAGUUCCGCGACCCGCCGGCGCAGAUCGAUAAUCCGCUCUAUCACGUGUACGAGACGGUGAAGCAGACGAGAAGCCCGAGGCAGAAUAAGACGGCGCCCUGCAGUCCGCAGCGGAACCGCGAUCGGGACAGGGAGACUCCCUACUCCAGCGUGCGGGACAUCUGCCUCGACUGUUAUCAGGAGGGCAAGGAGCUGUUGCAGUCCACGCAGGACGACUUCAUCAAUUUCAAGAAGUGCAAGGAAGAGUUCAAGCGACAGAUGAGCUUCUCGGGGAAGAUCUACAGUGACUAUCCGACCCUGGCCUCGACCCUGCCGUACUUCUACGUCAGCGACGAGAAUCGAUUCUUCUCGCCGGACGGGGUGCACCUCAUCAUAUGCGUCCACGGCCUCGACGGAAACGCCGCCGAUCUCCGUCUCGUUAAGACAUAUCUGGAAUUGGGUCUGUCUGGGGAGAAUUUGUAUUUCCUGAUGUCCGAGAGAAAUCAGGGCGACACUUUCUCCGACUUCGACACAAUGACCGACCGGUUAGUUGCCGAGAUUCUCCAUCACGUUGGAUCGUCGGGCAUGAAUCCGAAGAAGGUGAGCUUCAUCGGGCAUUCUCUUGGGACCAUAAUCAUCCGGAGCGCCCUGACGCGGCCGCAACUGCGUCCGCUUCUUCCACGCUUGCACACCUUCCUCAGCCUGAGCGGACCCCAUUUAGGCACUCUUUACAACACGAGCGGUCUGGUGAACGCGGGUAUGUGGUUCAUGCAGAAGUGGAAGAAGUCCGGAUCCCUGCUGCAACUGGCGAUGAAGGACGCGCCGGACGUGAGACGCUCCUUCAUGUUCCGUUUGAGCCAGAAGAGCAAUCUGCAGAAGUUCAAGCACGUUCUGCUGUGCGGCAGCGCCCAGGAUCGAUACGUGCCCCUGCACUCCGCUCGGAUCGAGCUCUGCAAGGCCGCCGUGCGAGAUCCAACGGAUCAAGGUGCCGCGUACCGCGAGAUGGUGCACAACAUUCUGUAUCCCGUGAUGUCGGCACCCGGCGUCAGUCUCGUCAGAUACGACGUUCAUCACGCACUACCGCCGACGGCGAACGCCCUGAUAGGCCGAGCCGCGCACAUCGCCGUCCUCGACUCCGAGCUUUUCAUCGAGAAGUUCCUGCUGGUGGCGGGACUGAAGUAUUUCAGAUAAAGAAUGGACUGUCUAGGUCGCGAAGGAAGCAACUAAUUAAAUUAUCACGUCGCGUCGCCGUUCGCCGCGAUGUCGUCGACGAUCGCGUGAUUAGCGUAAUUUAUAUAGAGCGUCCUAUCGAGCGUCGCCCCGCUUCGUCUUUCCGGCUCAGCCGCCUUCUUCCAAAGAAACGACUCGGAUCGGCCGAAGCGGGGCAAUCCGGUCUUUUUUACACGAAAACGCGGCGCACGCCGUCGUCGAUUUUAGCGUUUAAACGUCGUUAGAUUUUCACGCGUCCACCUCGACGCCGAGCGUGCUCGCGGAGCGCGGAGAGGGUCGCGUGCGUUUAUCAUGUGAACGGAAUCGGAUUCACUUUCGCAGCGCUUCAUCGAAAGUUCGCCCCGUGAACGUGCGAAUCGAAUGGAUCUGUAGCUCGCCGUGAAACGGGCCUACUUUCCAGUGUAAGAUGGUGAUAAUAGUAGUAGCAAAAUAUUCUCUGACCAAGAGAGAAAAGGGUGACACGGAGACUCGUAGGAAAAAUGCAAGAUUAUGUGAGAGUUAGGAUAAUGAUUUGCCGAAUACUAUAUAUAUAUACGCCUGGAAAAUUGUAGUACGUGACGUACGUCAUCGCUAUGAGUGAUUGAGCGUACUUCAAUCUCGGAAAAGAUGAGAGAGCUGAUUAACGCGUUUGGCAGGCCUAGUGAAAAGCGACGGAGUAAUUACGAGAAAACACGAUAUGAUCGUCGAGCACAUCAGCUUCAUCAACGUCGUUGCGAGAAAUGAAUCGUAGAAGAGAAAAAAAA